GGAAAACUGGCCUUGAUUUCCUCAUUCUCCAUUUAGCAAGGUCAUGGAAGAUCUAGAGGAAACAUUAUUUGAAGAAUUUGAGAACUAUUCCUAUGCCCUGGAAUAUUACUCUCUGGAGUCUGAUUUGGAGGAGAAAGGCCACCUGGGAGUUGUUCACUGGGUCUCUCUGGUGUUAUAUUGUUUAGCAUUUGUUCUGGGAAUUCCUGGAAAUGCUAUUGUCAUUUGGUUCACGGGAUUCAAGUGGAAGAAGACAGUGACGACUCUCUGGUUCCUCAAUCUGGCCAUUGCAGAUUUCAUUUUUGUUCUCUUCCUGCCCCUGUACAUCUCUUAUGUAGCCAUGAAUUUCCACUGGCCCUUUGGCAUCUGGUUGUGCAAGGCCAAUUCCUUCAUUGCCCAGUUGAACAUGUUUGCCAGUGUUUUUUUCCUGACGGUGAUCAGCCUGGACCGCUAUGUCCAUUUGAUCCAUCCUCUCUUGUCUCAUCGGCACCGAACCCUAAAGAACUCCCUAAUUGUUGUUAUAUUCAUCUGGCUUUUGGCUUCUCUAAUUGGUGGCCCUGCCCUAUACUUCCGGGACACUGCGGUGGUCAAUAACCACACUCUUUGCUAUAACAAUUUCCACGAGCAUGAUGCUGACCUCACUGUGAUAAGGCACCAUGCUCUGACCUGGGUGAAAUUUAUUGUUGGGUAUCUCUUCCCUUUGCUAACAAUGAGUAUUUGCUACCUGUGUCUCAUCUGCAAAGUGAAGAAGCGAAGAAUCCGGAUCUCCAGUAAGCAUUUCUGGACAGUCCUGGCUGUAGUUGUGGCCUUUUUGGUUUGCUGGACUCCUUAUCACCUGUUUAGCAUUUGGGAGCUCACCAUUCACCACAGCAGCCAUUUCCACCAGGUGCUGCAGGCUGGAAUCCCUCUCUCCACGGGCUUGGCAUUCCUCAACAGUUGCUUAAACCCCAUCCUUUAUGUCCUAAUUAGUAAAAAGUUCCAAGCUCGCUUCCGGGCCUCAGUUGCUGAGAUACUAAAGCAUACCCUGUGGGAAGUGAGUUGUUCUGGCACGGUGAGUGAGCAACUCAGAAACUCUGAAACCAAGAAUCUGUCUCUCCUGGAAACAGCCCAAUGAGUUAUUACUUUUCCAUUAAUCAGUAUGAGACUUUUGUGUGGGUCCUCUGACAGAUGCUUUCAGAUUAAAUUUGAUUCCAAGAUAUAGAGCUGAUCAUAUUUUUGUUGUUUUUGAUUUUAGUCGGUAUAUUGGCAUCACAUUUUGUAUGGAUAUAAGACGUAGGAAGGAUCAACAUAAUUUUUUUUCUGCAAUUUAAGUGAUCUGCAUCAUUCUUGCUAAUUAUACCAUGGUGGAUUAUUCACCAAUGUUGAAACAU